CCGCCAAUUAUAUAAAAUCUGCUAAGGUUUCUGCAGUAACCUUGAGACAUCUUAAGCCAGGCCCUCCCCAUGGAGUUUGAAGAACACGAUGGUAAACAGAACGGACGACUUGGGCCCCGGAGCCUGUCCAUGAACCGUCUGAGACGUUCCAUGCGGAAUCUACUGAGGGGUGGGAAGAAGAAAGGGGCAAAUAAAAAACAUGAAGAGAAACAAACUACCGACUCUCGCGAAUUCGCUCUACAAAGCCAUAGAGAUUCCAUUGAUCUGAGCACCUCGCCCAGUGAAGGACAAAACCUGUCUAGAUCCCUGGAACUACUGGACAGGCAGUCAUCCCUCCAGAUCAGACAGUCCAGACAGUCGAACGAAAGACUCAUCCAAGAGUACAGACACAACAACGAUAACGUUGCCCAGAAGCAGUUGGUCCAGGGACAGUCGGUCCAGGGACAGUUGAUCAAGGGGCACCCGGUCCAGGGACAGUUGGUCCAGGGGAAGCUCAUCCAGGGGCACCUAGUCCGGGGACAGUCGGUCCAGAGACAGUUGAUCCAGGGGCACCCGGUCCAGGGACAGUUGAUCCAGGGGCACCCGGUCCAGGGACAGUUGGUCCAGGGGCACCCGGUCCAGGGACAGUUGGUCCAGGGGCACCCGGUCCAGGGGCAGUUGGUCCCGGGGCAGUCGGUCCAUGGACAGUUGGUUCAGGGGCACCCGGUCCAGGGACAGUCGGUCCAUGGACAGUUCGUCCGGGGACAGUCAGUCCAGGGACAGUCGGUCCUGGGACAGUCGGUCCAGGGACAGCCGGUCCAUGGACAGUUGGUCCAGGGGCAGUUGGCACAGAGACAGUUGGUCCAUGGACAGUUGGUCCAGGGGCACCCGGUCCAGGGACAGUCGGUCCAGGGACCGUUGGUCCUGGCACAGUCGGUCCAGGGACAGUCGGUCCAGGGACAGCCGGUCCAUGGACAGUUGGUCCUGGGACAGUCGAUCCAGGGACCGCAGGCCGUACAAGUAAACAAUGAAGUUCUGGACCUUAGGAAUGGUACAGAGCUAAAGCAUGUUGCACAAGGCGGUGGAAGAUUGAUAGCGGAACGUCCACAUGGGACGGAAGUAUCUGGCAUCAGCACGUUUGAAAUGCACGCAGGAGAAGGAAGCCAGACGAGAUCUCCCGGCUCAUCUCAUUUUCGCCAUGACCGUCUCGACUCUGGCGUCGAGAUCUUAUCACCAGACACGGAAAGGACACACAGCUUUUAUGUAUCGGACGAUACUGCGGGGCGGUCUCUCCGGAGCCAGUGGACAAACGCCUGGGUAGUGCAGACACAGCAGCAGCCCGCGUCCCAUAUAGUGCUACAGCCGAUACGCAUAGAGUUACAAUCACGACCGAGCAACGAGGAACAAGUCAACAGGACGACUGACCCUGGCGGCGGCCUCAGAAGUGAAUCAGCCGACCCGCUCUUGUCACGUGCUGCCCGCCUUCGGGAGACGAGAUCAGACGACGAGGGUGUUAGAGGUCGGUCUUUAUCGGUGGGCACUCAUCUCGAGCGGUCUCUUCGGAGCCAGAGGACAAACGACUGGGUGGGACAGCUGGCACCAGUUCGUAUACAAGGAGAACUGCAGCCACGGGAACCAGUGAGCUACAGGAGUGCCCCGGACGCCGCGAGGAAAAUCAUCCCUCUAGGUACCAAGCCGCGCCUGGAUCCAGACGAUACCUACGACCGUUUCGAAACAUUUGUCCAAAGCCUCGACAAAAUCCGGACAGAUUCGGACCCGGACGACGCGCCUAUGACGAUGGCCUACUGGCUGCAGAACUGCGCCUGGAGCAGGUACAGCCAUGUGGAGGGGUUCUGGCGAUAUCCGCGCUACGCUCGGGACUAUCCGUUAGAUGGCACCAAGAACAGACGGUCCAGAGGUCGCAGAAGCAAAUCACUUGGACCGGUGACGUCAGGCGGUGCACACUCAGCAUCAGAAGAUGAGAGAGGCAGAGGAUAUCGUCAAGUCCUAGUGCCGUCCCGCUCACGACAAGAAUCGUCAGAUGUAGACGGCGACAGAGAACAUAGACACGAGUCUAGAGACCAUGUCAGCUCCCGCUCUGGUCGCAGACGGGACCGUUCGUCAGAUCACAAUAGGCACAGAGGAAAGGAAAAUGGACAUCUUGGCUCUAGGAACAGUCGGGAGAGGUCGUCCGGAAGAAGGGACAACAUCAACGAUCGGCCAGAGAGGUCAAAUCAGGAGGGUAGAACAAGGAGCCGACGGCAUAACAAUAGGAAGUCACAUGGGCGAAAUCAGAGGCGUGGCAACACAAAAAUUAGUGCCAGUUCAGACGGUAGAAGUCGGUCGCAGGACCGAUCGCGACCAACAGCGGGAGUUCACGUAGAAACAAAGGUAGAAGGAGACGUGUCGAAAGACAGUGCUGGAACUCAGCUCAAGCAGCGGGCGUCAUCAACGGCGAGCACAGGCAAGGCGUCAGAAGGAAACGUGUCGAAAAACAACCCUGUAACUACAGGGAACCAGAAGACAACGGAGGGGACAGAGGACGGCAUCAAAAGAUCUUUGUCUGUGGCUAUGUCUGUGGGUCUCUUAGCAGGGAAACAAAAAGACGAUACCAAGACAGAAGGGAAGUCUGAAGCAAGUCAACCUGGAGGCAAAGGCAGUGCUCAAGAAACCACCAGCAGGAGUCCAGGUGUCACUUCUGUUUUCAAACGAUCAUUCUUCGGGUCCAAGAGUGACGAUAAAGACCAAGCUGGCAGUCCGACUGACACACAGGGUACACAGGCUACCGUACAUCAGACAGGAACAGACGACACCAAGGCUAGGGGAGAUGCAGGCAGCAGAAAAGGCUUAUUGUCUGCCUCACUGUUUGGAGCUCUCAAAUCAGAGAAACAAAAUGAUGAUAUCAAGACACGCGGUAACUCAGACAGUCACCCGGUAGGCAAGGACGGUGUUCAAGAACAGACUACCCGGAGCCCAGGUGUCACUUCUGUUUUCAAGCGAUCAUUCUUCGGGUCCAAGAGUGACGAUAAAGACCAAGCUGGCAGUCCGACUGACACACAGGGUACACAGGCUGCCGUACAGCAGGCGGGAACAGACGACACCAAGGCUAGGGGAGAUUCGGGCUUCGGUAGUGUUUUCAAGCGAUCCUUCUUCACAUCAAAGGCAGCAGACAACGACUCUGAUGCCCUGAGUAUGCAUAGCAUCAAAGGUAGUGUCGUGAAAAACGACGAAAAACCAAAGGAAGAAUCAGGAUCCUUCAGUUUCAUGAGCAUGAUUCGUCGACGAUCAUCCUCGGCAUCAUCAUUGUCAUCAUCAGAGGACGAUGACCGCAAGAAGGGACACCGCCGACCUGUUGUCACAGGAGGACGUAAGAACGCGGAUAAAGACCCUGAAUCGGCUGGGAUGUUCGGAAACGCGAUGCAGUCCUUCAAAGGUCUGUUCGGAGACGAUGGCAAAAGCCUGGCGGAAAAAGAAUCAGAACAUACUAUCAUGUCCACCGGACGGGGACGGCUAUCAAAAAAAGAAGCUGAACACAGCAUCAUGGCGACUCAAGGCAGCAAGCUAUCGCGGAAAGAAGCAGAACACAGCAUCAUGGCGACUCAAGGAAGCAGCCUGGAGAAAAAGGAAGCAGAGUUUGGCCUCAUGGCAAGCCAAAGGAAAACCCUCGCUGAAAAAGAAGCUGAACAUAGCAUGAUGGCAAGCAUGGGAAAAGGGCAAAACCAGUCAGAAUCCAGCGGUAUUUUCGGCGGCCUGUUCGGCAUGUUCAGCGGUGGCGACGGGAAGAGCCAGGCGGAGAGGGAAGCGGAACACAGCAUCAUGGCGAGCCGAGGGGACGAUUCAGAUGGGAGCUCGAGUCAAGGACGUCGAGAGUCCAUUUUGGGAGCGCUGGGAUUACACGACUCGUCAUCAUCAUCAUCAUCGUCAUCAGAUGAUGAGGACGGUGCGAUUUCGUCGUUGUUCUCUGCAAUAGGGCUGGGCUCGGCGGACGCCACGGGGCCCAGGAAACAUGGGGGUGGCCACAAGAAACAGGAUGCCAUGAAAUCAGCUUGGGCAAAACGAGACAGGGGUGGUGGAGCCAAGAAAGGAGGGGACUCGUCUAUCUUUGGCUUUCUCGGGUUUGGCGGAGACAGCGACGCCCAUCGCCAUAGUCACGGCCACCGUCAUCGUCACAGAGAAAGGGCACCUAGCACACCAACCACGCCACAACUCCCGUCUAUCUUUUCAUCAUUUCAACCAAAUUAAAUUAGAGCAAUAGAGGGAGCGAAUACUGUG